UUCUCUGAUUUUCUUAUCAUAAUCCUCAAGAGAUCACUCAAUUGAUCAAUCCCUCUUUCGCUCUUCUGUCUAUUUUAUAUGGGCAAUUGUGAGACAAAUAGCCGGCCGAAUGAAUCCGAACACUCGUUAUCAGCACUGAUAAAAGCCAAUUGAGCACUAACUUGGCCACGAAAUUGUGCUUUUACAGCCAGUUUGUGCAGUGAAUUUGGUGAGUUUGCGCGAGUAAAAUCUUUUGGGCAUUUGAUAAGACAAUCCAGCAUCUUAUCAUUUUGAUAAAAAUAUAAUAACUCUCGCACCUUGGAGACUUAGAACACUUGAGACAGUUAAAUUUUCCACCAGUCAAAUGCCCCUCCUCGUGACACGCAGUCUCCUUGCCACAUCCAAGAGGAUCCAUUUAAUUCGUGCCAUGUCUUCCGGAUACCUUGUCGAGGACCCAAAGUUCUCCUUCCUGCGAGACCUCGGUAUUGAAAGGGUCAAUGCUGGGGUGUACAAUGGAUCAUGGAAGGGUUCUGGACCCGUGAUCAAAUCCGUGGAUCCAGCAACUGGGCAAGUCAUUGCAGAAGUGAAGACGGGUACUGUAGAUGAAAUGAAGGAGUGUAUUAAGACAGCUGAUGAAGUGUACAAAGAGUGGAGCAAAUUGCCGGCUCCUUUUCGAGGGGAAAUUGUCCGGCAGAUUGGGGAUGAGCUAAGGAAGUAUAGGGAGCCUUUGGGCAAGCUUGUAUCUCUGGAAAUGGGAAAGAUCCAAGCUGAAGGUAUUGGAGAAGUUCAAGAGAUCAUUGAUAUUUGUGAUUAUGCCGUUGGACUUUCCAGAAUGUUUGCUGGACAGAUUAUUCCUUCCGAAAGACCAAAGCACGUGAUCCUGGAAAAAUGGCGUCCACUAGGCUGCAUUGGGGUCAUUUCAGCCUUCAACUUCCCCUGUGCUGUCCACGGAUGGAAUGCUGCCAUCGCUCUAACCGUUGGGAACUCUGUUCUAUGGAAAGGAGCGCCCUCAACAUCCCUCGUUGCGAUCGCUACUACAAGAAUCUUUGCGGAAGUUUUCAAGCGCAACAAUCUCCCGCCAGUCGCUACCGUCUGCCAAGGAGGUGCAGAUGUCGGAGAUGUCCUCGUGAAGGACCCACGAGUGAAGUUGGUGUCCUUCACAGGAAGCUCAGCUGUUGGACAGCAAGUCGGUGUUGAGGUGCAGAGGCGUUUCGGGAAGCUUAUCCUUGAACUUGGCGGGAAUAAUGCCCUCGUUGUCAAUGAUGAUGCCGAUUUUAACAUGGCGCUUGAUGCGGCAUUCUUUGGAUGUAUCGGAACAGCUGGACAAAGAUGCACGGCAACAAGACGUCUGAUCAUCCAUGAGAAAAUCCACGAUGCGUUCCUGGCCAAAUUGAAAACUCGAUACGAAGGGUUGCUCAAGAGAGUUGGUCAUCCGCUGGACGAGAAGACACUUUUGGGACCAGUGCAUAAUCAACAGGCCGUAGAUAACUACUUGAAAGCCAUUGAGGCUGUCAAGAAAGCAGGUGGAACAAUUUUGGUUGGGGGGAAACAAAUAGAUAGGCCAGGAUUCUUUGUUGAACCAACGAUCGUUACAAAUAUCGCUCCUGAUCAUCCCCUUGUUAAGACAGAAACCUUUGCCCCAAUUGUUUAUGUUCUCAAAGCCAAGAACUUGGAUCAAGCCAUAGAAUGGAACAAUGCAGUGGAUCAGGGACUUUCAUCGGCCCUAUUCACGCGCGAUAUUGGCUCAAUUUUCCAAUGGAUCGGAAACCAUGGAUCAGAUUGUGGUCUCGUGAACAUCAACACUUCACCUUCUGGGGCUGAGAUUGGUGGAGCUUUUGGCGGAGAGAAGCAUACUGGAGGCGGCCGAGAGUCUGGAUCUGAUGCCUGGAAGCAGUACUGCAGAAGGGCAACCAUCACUCUCAAUCAUUCCUCCGAGAUGCCUCUGGCCCAGGGUCUUGUGUUUGAGUGAAUGUUUGUGCCCAGAGAUUGCGAUUAACUUCUUGUCAUGAUGACACUCAGAUUUUAUCACAAAUCACCUGCCUUCUUUUUCUCGUUGAAGUGAAAAGAGGGAGAAAAUGUACUUGAUACAUGUACAAAUAAAACUUGUUGAUAGUGUGCACAUAA